UUAACUCUAGUUUUAAUUUUAGUGUUAUUUUUUAAUUUCUACUUAAAACUCAUCUACAGCUUACGAAGCUGUGAAAAAUGGCAGAUUUGAAGAAAAAAGUGAUUCUAGCGUAUAGCGGUGGUCUAGAUACCUCCUGCAUCUUGUUUUGGUUGAAAGAGAAAGGCUUUCAAGUUAUCGCUUAUGUGGCGAAUAUUGGGCAAGAUGAAGAUUUUGAUGCAGUUAAAGAGAAGGCAUUAAAAAUUGGUGCCACUAAGGUUGUGAUAGAUGAUCUUAAAGAAGUAUUUGUAACUUCUUAUGUAUGGCCUGCCGUGGCUUGUGGAUUGCUCUACGAGGGAAGAUAUCUCCUAGGCACUUCCGUAGCACGACCCUGUAUCAGCGAAGGUUUGAUCAAAUUAGCAAGAGCCGAAGACGCCAAUAUCAUAGCACAUGGAGCAACCGGAAAAGGAAACGAUCAAGUUCGCUUCGAAUUGAGCUGCUACAGUCUUUAUCCUGAUAUCACGAUUUUAGCUCCGUGGAGGGAACGCGAGUUUUACACGAAAUUUCAAGGAAGAUCGGAUUUAUUGGAAUAUGCCCGACAAAAUGGAAUACCGAUUUCGGCAACACCAAAAGAACCAUGGAGCACUGAUGCUAAUCUCGUACACGUUAGUUACGAAUCAGGAGUAUUGGAAAAUCCUGCCACUCCAGCACCGAAAGGACUUUACAAAAUGACGGCUGAUCCGAUAAAUUCUUCUUUAGACGCUGAGGAGAUUGAAAUUAAUUUUGCGGAAGGCUACCCAAUUAAUGUAAAAAGUCUAAAAGAUGGAAAAAUAUUUGAUACUCCUCUGACGAUAAUAGAGUAUCUUAACGAGAUCGGAGGUGCACAUGGAAUCGGGAGGAUAGACAUUGUGGAAAAUCGAUUCAUCGGAUUGAAGUCACGAGGAAUUUACGAGUCACCGGGCGCCAAAAUCUUGCACACUGCUCAUCAAGAUUUGGAAGUGUUCAUCUUGGACCGUGAAGUUCUAAGGAUCAAAUCAUAUCUGACGGAUAAGAUGUCGAAUUACGUUUAUAAUGGUUUCUGGUUUUCACCCGAAUGCGAUUUUGUACGAAACAGCAUCCAAUAUUCUCAAAAAUACGUAAAUGGUACAGUAAAGCUGCAACUGUACAAAGGAAAUGUUAUGGCGAUCGGUAGAUCGAGUAAAGUCUCGUUGUACAACGAGAAUCUGGUUUCGAUGGACGUGCAGGGUGAUUUCGAGCCCGCGGAUGCUACUGGAUUUAUUCGCAUGCAGGCCUUAAGACUGCGGGAGUUUCAUCGUUUCAAUAAACAACACAACGUCUGACAGCAUGAAGCAAGACUUUAUUGCGAGUUUUAUGUUUCUUCAAUAAAAGGCGCAUUGUAACUUUGAACUCUCACUCUCUAACUACUAAGUUACUUUAUAAACAUCUGCGUGUGUUUUUCUUGAAACAUAAUUCGACAUUUUCUGCAACAACUCUUCAAACGACUUAAAAGGUGUCUAUAUAACAUUGCUUAGUAUCGCAGAAAAGAAUUAAUAUAUAUAUAUAUAUAGCUAAACGUAUAAUAUGGACAAACUAGCUCUAGACACAGUUCAGUUUGAAAGAAAAUCGAUUGCGGAUAUCUAUAUAUAUAUAUAUAUAUAUACGCAUGCGGUUGUGGGAGGAAGGUGAGAGGUUUCGCAAUAAAAUACUACCACUAUAUUUUUGCUUUCAUAUUUUAGUUAUUAAUAAUUAAAUCUUAAGAUUGUUAGAGCAUAUACUUGUGAGGGACUAUAUAUAUAUAUAUAUAUAUAUAUAUAUAUAUGCUUAUAACAUACUUUUUGAGGAUAUAUUAAUAGUAUACAUAUAUAGUGGUUUUGUUUUUUCGUAUUUGCACUCUACUUCGACUUCUCGCAGCUUAAGGAAAAAACUGUCAAAAUGUACGAAAUCACGCGACAGUUGCUUCUUUAGCCGCGAUUUUUCUAUACAGAUCUCUUACUUGCGUUAUUCUGUUAUGUUCUCACAUUCUCCGAUGUGUUUGUAAAUAUAUUAUAUAACAUGCAAAAUA